AUGGUUUUGUCUACUAUUCUCUACACUGUAUCAAAGCACAAAGCAGUACAGGUUGAUAAAUUAGUGGAAGAAAAGGUUCUGAGUUCUAAGGAGGAAAGGUUAGAUCAAAGGGAAAACAUUGCACCAACCCCACUGCACAAGCUUGAAACAGUAACAGAAGAAAAGGAAGCCCAAGAAGAAGUUAAUAUCAAUGGUACUGUUGCUAAUUACUCAACCACAUCAAGGGAUUUGCUAUCAGAGAGUGAAUGCCAAGACCAGUUGUCUACUUCUGAGGACUCUGAAGCUGAUUGGUCAUUCCCAUAUGAAGUAGAUCACAGUCCUGAUUUCUCAGAUGGGUCAAUUUCUGAUGAGGAUAGCCUCAUAGAAAUUGCACUUCCUAGUGGACACUAUGUGGGUCAGCAGAAAGAUGAACCAAAGUACAAUUGCAGUUUGCAGCAGAAGAAGAUGGAAUUAUCUGCUGAGGCCCUUUUCAGUCAACAGAGUCUAAUGGAGUUCUUAUCAGAAUUUAACGACGUGAGUGAGGAAGAAAACUUAAUAGAGAUUGACAUAUCCAUGGGUUCCAUCAAGUACUCAAGGUUUGAAAUAAAAGCAUGA